GUGCAGGCCGAGUUUCGGAACUGGAAGCAAGCGGUCGCAGAGAGAUAUCCAGAGGACAUUUUUGCGAAGAAAGACGAUGGAUAUGCACCCAGCGCAAAGGUCGGUGGGUCUCCGGUCUGCCAUAACGAGGCAGAGACCGAGUCGGCGCAGCAGAGCUGCGAAGGUGAAGAGGAAGAGCCGGAAGCGAUCCAGGACGGCUCAGCGCCAAAGCUUUCAUCCAUGCAGGAGCCCCAAAAGCCCUCCAGCGAGGAGGAGGCGGCCCUGGAGAAAGCCGAGGGUGCCUUGGAGACGCUCCGCCUUCGGCUACAGGAGGCGGAAGAGGCCGGCGAUGAAACGAGACGGCAGACGCUGGCAGCAUUGCUGGCCACCGAGGCGCCAAAGCUCGCGGCUCGGCGGCGCGCCGUGCUAGGCAGCUGA